AUUCGACUGUGCGACUUCGUGCUUAACGGACGUGUUCGGUCAUGCCGCUGCCGUAUUAAUUUUAUGGACCAUGGCUACAUAUUAAUAUGGAAGGCCUAAUGGAUGCAUCCAGCUACAUGAACCGCUCUCUGCUAGAUUUGGCGGGAAACGGUACAGUUUCGGAGCUGGUCAUCAGAGAGAUAGAGUGCCUACUACAGUCCCAGGAUGACGUACGAGACGGCAGAAAGUUAUGUCCCAGACUAUGGGAUGGUCUACUGUGUUGGCCUCCCACUAAACCUGGUACUCUAGUCAGCCUACCUUGCUUCGAGGAGCUGAAUGGAAUCAAGUACGAUACUUCCAAAAAUGCAACUAGGUGGUGCGAACGAGAUCUGACAUGGGACAACGCUACCAACUACACCGCUUGUCACAACCUAGUUGUCCCACCUGAUGAGGAACUAGGUGGCGUGGAAGUCACCACUGCUAUAUACUUCGUUGGCUACACUCUCUCUUUGGUAGCUCUUACUGUGGCCGUUUGGCUCUUCCUCUACUUUAAAGACUUAAAAUGUUUGAGGAACACGAUUCACACAAACCUGAUGAGUUCUUACAUUCUAGCUGACUUCAUGUGGAUUCUCACUCUGCAAUUACAAGUAUCCGGCCAAUCAAACAUUCAUUUCUGUGCUGUUCUGAUUAUUCUGCUUCAUUACUUCCAUCUAACCAACUUCUUUUGGAUGUUUGUCGAAGGUUUAUACCUCUAUAUCUUGGUGGUGGAAACCUUCAACAGAAAACAUAUAAAACUGAGAGCAUACAUCUUCAUUGGCUGGGGUGCUCCCUUGAUAUUCAUUCUAGUGUGGGCGAUAGCGAAGGCUGCGGAUGAGUUCAAUCACAAGAUGCACGUGGAGGGAGAUCAAAGGCAUUGUCCAUGGAUGACUCAGCAUCUUCUGGAUUGGAUUUUCCAGGGGCCGGCUCUCGCGGUGUUGGCUAUAAACCUUAUAUUCCUGGCCAUGAUAAUGUGGGUGCUGAUCACCAAACUUAGGUCAGCAAACACCCUAGAGACCCAGCAGUAUCGCAAAGCUACUAAGGCGCUGAUAGUGCUGAUACCAUUGUUAGGGGUUACCUACAUACUGUUCAUAGCUUGGCCCUCAGAAGGUGUGGCUAUCUAUACAUACUGUCGGGCCCUGCUAUUGUCCUUACAGGGUUUCACAGUGGCGCUUUUCUACUGCUUCCUGAACACAGAGGUGCAGAACACAAUACGUCAUCACUGGGAGACUUGGAGGGAAAGCAGAGAUAUUGGCGCCAACCGUAGAUACUGGCCCAAGGAUUGGUCCCCCAACACUCGGACUGACAGUAUCAGGUUAUACAGCAGUCACCACGUAGCUCCAAUAAAGCGAGAAUCUACUGCAAGUGAUAGUCACUUGGCUCCACAACACUACAACAAAAGAGAAUCGACAAUCAGCAACGUUACUACUCUCACUGUCUACAACGGGUCAGGGCUGUCACUCAGACCACCACUGAGUCCUCACAGAGACGUGGAGAUAUUGUAGACAACACGGUAGCAUUGACUUUAGAAUACUGAAUCAGAUAUGUAUAUUAUAGAACAGCUGUUACCGAUUAUACAAACAGAACAUAGUCGAAUGAGCCAGUCACAGGGUCAACAUAAACAUUUCUCUUACCUUAUAUGCAACUGAGAAAGUUCACGUGGCAAAAAAGAUGCUGUAGCUCACAACUAAUGUUGCCUUGGUCAAAAAGUUUGCGUAUUUGACACAAAUCAGUAAUUUAUAUCAGCACGAUUCUGUGGUUCAACUCAACGUCCCUUUUGAUUUAUAAUCUGGUGACAAUUUAAUAUAGGGAUAGAAUGUCCAGGUGUAUCAACAGUAAAAUAUCAUAUUCAUCAGUAUCAUUUACCUACUUCAGUACUAUACAAUGAGAAUUCACAGUCAGAAAUGUGACUACACUUAUGUACUAAAAUCUUCUGAAUAAUGUGAAUCAUGGAACUACUAUCUUACUACAGAGAGAUUUUUUCCGCGAUUCAGAUUAUUUAAAAAGAAAGUAAAUAAUGGACUUAUUUUCUAGGGAGAAAAUUAUGGUACCCCGGUAAUGUAUCUAUAUAAGACAUAUCAUAAUUUAAAUGUGAUCCAAAUAGUGUACCUUGUAAAGGUGCAUAAAAAGGCAUCAUUUUUUGGUGUAAAACGUAAGCUGUUUCCUAAACAUAUGAUAACAAACAAUGUAUGUAAUAUAUUUCAUCAACACCUCUUUUUAUCAAAAAGAGUUUAGCAUUGAAUAGAACAUUUCGUUGAAGGCAUUUGAUAAAUAUGCUUUGAAACAUAUUGUAAUUCCUACAUAAGAUCCAUAAAUCUGUAUCUGUACCGAUAAAUAUUCUUUCUCCUGAUUGUAUUACCAUUCUCACUUCAAAUAUGUUGCACUAAGGUUAUUUGAAUGAAAAUUCUUUAACGGCUUAUCGUAGAUGAUUGAUUGAAUUCUUCUCGAAGUUUGUUUACAUAAAAACCUCUAAUGCACUGGUAACUAUUAUAUAAAAACCUAAAGGACUUGUAAUUCAAUUUAAAACUUUAAAUACAUAUUUGAAGU